UUUGUAGUCCACUUGCUGUCCUGACAGUGGUGCUAGCACACUUAUUUGUUCGGUCGUGAUUUGGGAGAUUCAUUAGAUGUGAUCGAGCUGUUAAAUUCAUUUAAAACCUGAAGCAUCAAACCUGAGAAGAUGCAGGAUGACGCACGCUACCUCAAACGGAAAGUGACUGCGGGAAGUUUAGAUGUUCAUCCCACAGAGAAGGCCCUCGUGGUGCACUAUGAGGUUGAAGCAUCUAUUCUGGGAGAGGGUGGAGGUCACAUGCUGGGCGAACGAAAGGAGGGACAGAAAAUAAUCCGUGUGAAAAGUCUUUCACCCAGUACGGAUGUGGGAGCAUUAGCCAAGAAAGUGGUGGAGGAGUGUAAGCUCAUCCCCCCGUCCCGUUUGCCCCAGGUGGAGCAGCUCCUUUACUACCUGCAGAACAGGAAAUCAUCCCCAGUGGAGGGCAAAGUGGAGAAGAAAGAGAAAAGAACAGUGAAACCCAGAGAGCUGACACCGUUUGAAGGACUGGAGUUAAACGAGGAAGCCAGUAUAACCAGAGUGGAUGAGUAUGUUGAGCUGCUCUAUGAAGGAAUCCCUGAGAAGAUCAGAGGCUCUGCUCUCAUUCUGCAGCUCGCCCGCAACCCUGACAACCUGGAGGAGCUGCUACACAACGAGGCAGCUCUGGGUGCUCUGGCCAGAGUACUGAGGGAGGACUGGAAGCAGAGUGUAGAGCUGGCAACCAUCAUCAUUUACAUCUUCUUCUGCUUCUCUAGUUUCUCUCAGUUCCAUGGAGUGGUGAGUCAUUAUAAAAUAGGUGCAUUGUGUAUGAGUGUGGUGGAACACGAGCUGAAGAGACAUGAUGUUUGGUGUGAGGAGCUACGCAAGAAAAAUAAAGCUUGUGAGUCAGCACCAGAGAACGGCUCUCUGAGAAGAGACCAGGAGAAAGCUCUGAGGAAAUACCAAGGCCUUCUGGCCAAACAGGAGCAGCUGCUCAGAGUGUCUCUUUACCUCCUGUUGAACCUCGCUGAGGAUACGAGGACGGAGCUGAAGAUGAGGAAUAAAAACAUCGUCGGCCUGUUGGUCAAAGUUCUUGACCGGGAUGAUGAGGAGCUGCUGGUCCUGGUGGUUUCAUUCCUCAAAAAACUGUCCAUCUUCUUGGAGAACAAGAAUGACAUGGCUGAGGUGGACACUGUAGAGCGACUGGCUCGUCUGGUUCCCUGUGACCAUGAAGACCUGUUAAACCUGACUCUGCGUCUGCUGCUCAACCUCUCAUUUGACUCUGGACUCAGAGCCAAGAUGGUGGAAGUUGGACUGUUACCUAAACUGACUGACUUGUUGGGUGAUGAGAACAACCGUCAGGUGGCCAUGCGUAUUCUGUAUCACAUCAGCAUCGACGACCGCUUCAAGGGCAUGUUUGUUUACACUGACUGCAUACCUCAGCUUAUGCAGAUGCUGUUUGAGUGUGGUGAGGAGGAAAUUGAAGCUGAGCUCAUCUCCAUCUGCAUCAACCUGGCUGCAAACAAGAGAAACGCACAACUUAUCUGUGAAGGAAAUGGGCUGAAGAUGCUCAUGAAGAGAGCUCUGAAGAUGAAAGACUGCCUGCUGAUGAAGAUGAUCAGAAACAUCUCACAACACGAUGGACCAACCAAAGCACUCUUCAUAGACUACGUCGGUGACCUGGCGGCAGAGAUCCGUGCAGAGGAGGAGGAGGAGUGGGUUCUGGAGUGUCUCGGGACGCUGGCCAACCUCACCAUCCCUGACCUGGACUGGGAGUUGGUGCUGAAGGAGUACAACCUGGUACCUUACCUCAAAGACAGACUCAAACCAGGCUCAGCAGAGGACGACCUCAUCCUGGAGGUGGUGAUAAUGAUCGGGACUGUUUCCAUGGAUGAUGCCUGUGCCGCCAUGUUGGCUAAAUCUGGCAUUAUUCCCGCGCUGAUCGAGCUCCUGAAUGCCCAACAGGAGGACGAUGAGUUUGUGUGUCAGAUCGUCUACGUCUUCUAUCAGAUGGUUUUUCACCAGGCCACACGAGACGUCAUCAUCAAAGACACCCAGGCUCCGGCCUACCUGAUAGAUCUGAUGCAUGACAAGAACGCAGAGAUCAGGAAGGUGUGUGACAACACCCUCGACAUUAUCGCUGAGUAUGAUGAGGAGUGGGGGGGGAAGAUUCAGUCAGAGAAGUUCCGUUUCCAUAACAACCAGUGGUUGGAGAUGGUUGAGAGUCGUCAGGCUGAUGAGUCUGAAACGUAUCUCUAUGAUAAUGACAAUGACAGGACUGAUCUCUUCUACAGUGCAGAUGGAAUAACUCCAGCAGACGGUUCAGUCAGCCCAGAUUUCUUCAGUGACCUGCAGGCUCAAAAUGGAGACUCACACCACACAGGAGAUGAUAAAGACGUCUUCGAUCAGACGAGCUCGUCACCUGGACGACCAGCCACUGCCUAUGGCUUCAGACCUGACGAACAGCCCUUCUAUCAGUACUCAUAGACGCACACACACACGCCUGCUUUGUUGAACACUUGGACUCAUUCCUCAUGCACAGUCUGCAUGUCCACUAUUACAUUUUUACAGUGACUUUUCACUGUUAGAAUCCCAUUGUCACAAGUGACUUUGAAGGCAUCACAGUGGUGGUAAAUGCUGAGAUAAAUAACACUGACAGACUGACACAGUCAGACUGCAGUUUUAAAUCAGUCAUUGUAUAAACUGCAGUUCCACUCAGUCAGCCUUUCAUUAUUCAUCCAUUUCACUCAUUCACCAUCACGUUGGGACAAAUAUAUAGUCAAGUCUUCCUUAGCCACUGACCACAGUCUUCUAAUGCUGCAUCCUGUGUGUGUCAGCAGAUCAUUUAAAGAAUGUGAACAGACUGUACAUGUCUGAUAAUAUGUGUUGAUAGGAUUUUGCAUGUGUUUUGUAUGUUAUAAUGAAUAUUUGUUCCUCUUACUGAAAAGACAGGCAGAUGUCUUCUUACAUUCUGUUGUUGAGGGGUUUGAGAACCACCACCUGGACUCCGAUAACUUUAUGUCAGCAUGCUGAUCUGAGAGGUUAGAAGUUACACACAGUCAUCUUGUUAUCACACACUACACAACUUUUGUUUGUUUUUGUGUCACUGUAAAAUGAGCACAUUGUUGUUGAUGAUCCUCACAGCUCUGGGUGCUUUCACACUGUAGGCUUUGUCCAAACCUAGGUCCAGACCAAGAUUCUGUCCCAGGGUCUGUUUAUGUGAGCUGGUCUGGAACUGAGUACUCCACUGUUUUAGCAUUACACUCACUAUAAUAUAGACUCACAGUACACAGUGCAGAGAGCUUCAAGUGUUAGUUUCUUUUGUUAUGCGCCAGGUGCCACAUUCUAAAUAUAUAUGGAGUAUUUUAGGUUUUCAAGUAUUAACAUGAGCGGAAGUAAAAACCACAUAUAUCAUUAAUUCAGUUCAGUUUUAUUUGUAUAGAAUCAACGUGAGGUUUAGACCUUACAGCAUUACAGAGAGAAACCCAACAGUUCCCACAGUGAGCAGUAUGGCUGAACCAUUUUGGCAAAAACUUUGCAUUUGUCAUACUGUUGUGUUUCUCCCAGGAUGACUGUUAUGGUGUGGGGGGGUCAGACAGUGCUGAUAUUUUGGCACUUCUGAUUGAUGAGCAUGACUGUCUGUCACAGGGGACAACAAUGAGACAUAAUUAAUCACAGGGUCAGAGUCAGGGGUUGUGAAAAUAAUCGCAGUCUUUGAGUUUUACCAUUCGCAUUAGUUCAGUUUUGGAUAUGCUGGAUAGAUCGUUCAGGCCUAGUGAGCAGCACUUGAUGCUGCCUGUGUGCUGCUGAGACAGUAAAUAAACAGGAUGCUUUUGUGUGUUGUAUCAUGACAGCAGCAGGUCUGCACAGGAGCAGGUAUCAGCAGCAGCUACAGCAAACCCAGAACAUGAUUCAGUCACUCACCACCUGCAGUGUUUAAAGCACACUGAACUAAUCACACUGUACACAAGAGAUACCCAUCCAUUUAUAUGACUGACACUGACGAGGCAGGAAAAGGCUCUGAGUGUAAGCAUACACCUGUUUCCUGGUCAGUUCAGUAUGAAGUUAGUGAACCCUCUGGAAUCACCUCCAUUUCUGUAUUCAUUUCACAGAUAGAUAUUUAUCCUGGAUACACAUAUAUAUCUUCAGGAUAAUGUCAGGGUGUCGUCCACCAGCUGAAGAUCAGCAGCAAUGAUCCUAUAAACAUCAGAAUAGAUCUGCUGCUGACUCCAGACAAACACAAUCCACCCUGUGGAGUCAGAAUCCAGACCUGAACCUGAAUCUGGUUGCAGUUAUGUUUCAUACAAAAUGUUUUUGCUGUUGCAGUUGUACAUAAACAUGAUUCCAACAGAGACUGUGCUGACUGAGCUCAGAGAGCUGUUAACACCAGACAACCUGAGAAUCUGAGCUGGAGCAGCUGUGUCCAGAACUCGUCCUCGUUGGCAGAAACCCAGGUCAUUCUAAAGGCUUCACAUACGAUAGCCACUGUAUCAUCCUUUGUUUUCCACACAUAGUUUUUGAUUGUCAAAAUCUGGUGCCUACAUCACCCAUAAUGCAACGUGACCACUGACAGUUGCAUCAGAGAUUCAGGUGUUCGUAGGUAGCAGCAGUCUGGAGGUUUGGUAUGUAGACUUUUUUUAAGGCUGAUGUGUCACAUGAUGAGUUGACCUGAGAUCAGUUUAUCAGAUUUACUCUGUGUGUGUCACAACAGGCACCAGACCUGAUUCUUUCCAUUUAUAUGAUUCACAUGAUUAAUGCAGUGGUUGCCUCCAUAUCAGAGGCCCAGCUCCAGUUUGAUAGUCAUGACUGUCACCAGACUGAUGACUCAUCUAAAUGUUCAUAAUACAUAAUGAUAUACAAGUUUUAGGUUGUGCAUUGUGUAGUAUGCAAGUCUAACCAUCCUACAUGUUGAAGUAUAUAAUCUCAUUGAAGUCGUUGGGAUAGAGCAGUCAGGGUGGAGAGGAGGGUGGAUAUUUGGACCGGGGGGGGUGGAUGUUGUUGUAUCAGUAUUACUGCUGUUAGGUUUCAUGUUGAUGGGGGAAGUUACUGUUUUCACUGUGUAAUUAUUGACUGUGUAUUCUUAUUACAAGAGCAUGAGUGCACUAACUGACAAGGAUCACAGCUCAGUACUGAUUUAAACCUGAUGAGUGUCUGCGUUCCCCUGAACAUGGCUGCACACCAGCUCCAUGUCUGAAGGUAUCAGUGCGAACCAGGGCAGCAUUAUUACACUACAUAUACUGUGCCAUGGACGACAGGAACCUCAGUGAAGAGGAGAGUCAAACGCACUGUAUGUGCUGGACAGUGACACUGAUUAUGUUUAGGCAUAUUUGCACAUGUAGUUAAAAUUUGAUGCAUGGUUAUGUUUUGUUUUUUUUAUCAUAAGUUAUUGUUCAUUUACAGAUGGUAUAUUAUGUUUUUAUUU